AAUUUCCUGUUCUGUCUCCUCCUCUUCCUCUUCGCUUUGUCAAUGCACUGGAGAGAGCACGAUAAGGGCGAGUCACUCAUAGAGGCUGCUUUUCUGUUGUUUUCACAUCAGUAUCAUGCCUGAACCAGCAAAGUCCGCGCCUAAGAAGGGUUCCAAGAAGGCCGUCACGAAGAUUGCCGGUAAGGGAGGAAAAAAGCGCAAGAGGUCCAGGAAGGAGAGUUAUGCUAUCUACGUCUACAAAGUCCUGAAGCAGGUUCAUCCUGACACCGGUAUCUCUUCCAAGGCGAUGGGCAUCAUGAACUCUUUCGUCAACGACAUCUUCGAGCGCAUCGCCGGUGAGUCGUCUCGUCUCGCUCACUACAACAAGCGCUCCACCAUCACUUCUAGAGAGAUCCAGACCGCCGUGCGUCUGCUGCUGCCCGGAGAGCUGGCCAAACACGCCGUGUCCGAGGGCACCAAGGCAGUGACCAAGUACACCAGCUCCAAGUAGAGAUUUAACCGAGACUCAGUCACCUUAAAGGCUCUUUUAAGAGCCAUCUAUCUUCUCGUUUAAGAGUUUAUAAUGCUUGCAGUUCAUUCAAGUUUUAACUUGUUUUUGUCUCCGCCUCAGUCUUGGAUGCUUGUUUUUGAAUCUUUUAACACUCCGAAAAACCAAGAUGUGACUACCAUCCCUAAAACACUUACUGUUUUCAGGUGUAUCCCCCUGUAUAUUGAACUUAUUCAAAAUCAAUGAUAAUUACAAGUUCUUAUAUCAGCUUGUGUACAAAUGUGUAUGUAUAGCAUUGUAUGGGACUAGCAAAACAGAGAUAAUUAUUUUUUGAGAAGUCAAAACACUACGCUCGUUCUUAAUUUAAAAUAUCUUCUGAUAUGGGAGACUGUUUUUCCAGCCUUUCCAAGCGUUCAGCACAUCCAUCUGUUUAAUGACACCGAUAAAACUGUAGGGUUGCCAACACACAACUUCCGUCUCACACUGCCAUAAAUGAAAUUUACGCUGGAAACGGUAACGAGAGUCCUCUACAUUUAGACUCAAGAACAAUUACCAAUGUAUUCAGGGGCUGCAUGUGUGUCGUCUUACAGAACUUGCUACUUCUGACCUCUUUACUUUUCCUUAUCUAAUUAAUCAUUUUAAACUGUCUUUCUGCUUUACAUCUGAUUAUAUCAAGCUUCUAUUGUAUGACCUACAACUUUUUAUAUACUAUAACAUUUUGGCCUAUUUACUGCACCUUUUUGCCACAAUGUAGACCAUACAAAACUAAAUGUCAUUGUUGUUUUUUAAUAAACUAGGCAGUAUAAAUCUGGCUGGUACUAUUAGCACAGUUAAUAGGGACAGUUUCUAAAAAAAGUAUCUAGUACAACAUUAGGCUUAAAUACAUGGAUAAUUUGCAUAUUGCAUUAUUAAGACGUAAUUAAAAAUGAAUUGUUGGAUCCUUUAAGGGAUAGUUCACCGAAAAGUGAUGCGACGGCAGCUACAGUACAACGGCGCUAGUGCGCUCACCACACCAGCUGUAGGUGGAGAGGAGAGAGCGUGAUAGCGCCAAUUCAAUGGAUGGGGGUUAUUAGGAGGCCAUGAUUGCUAAGGGCCAAUGGAGGGAAUUUGGCCAGGCACUGGGCCUACCCUUACACCCCUACUCUUUACGAUGGGAUUUUUAAUGACCACAGAGAGUCAGGACCUCGGUUUAACGUCAAGUCAUCUUCGUUUAUAUAGCUCUUUUGACAAUACAUAUUGUUUCAAAGCAGCUUCACAGUGACAAUAGGAAAAUUAUUAUUGAGCUAAAGCUGGUUUUUGAUUGAAUCACUUCCGUUGUAAAAAUUGUUAAUUAUUACGUUAGGGGCUGCUUAAAUGACACCUUUCCUACUGAAAAAAAAAAACAAACAAAAAAAAAUGAAUACCUUUAAUGCAUUCUUGCCAUUUGUUUAGUCUAUAGGUUUGCAUGUUUGAGUGUGUAUGUGCGCAGAAGCUUUCCUUAAAAAAAAAAAAAAAAAAAGUGAUAUUUGCCAAAUUACUUGUCUGGUCCGCAUAAUACAGAAAAAAAUUAGUUGUGUCCGCGGAUCUAUGCGAACUGGAAUAAUUUUGAUAACAUUUUAUCUAUACAUAGGGAAAGGAAAGGAAAGAAGGCCUUCGCAGGAGAUAAUUUAGUUGAAACGUCAGGGCUGGGUUAUCACCGUGUUUAGAUGCAGGUCCUUCAUCUCAUCUAGAUACGGCCUGGAUCUGGCAGGCUGCGGCAAACAGAGAGAGACUAAUAUUAGCGUAGACGCCAUUCUUCUUAUGAUGUAACGUUAGCGAGUACAUCAGGUGUUAUGGGAAGUGUUCCCGGUUCCGGCUGACCUAAUCUAUGCAGCCUAACAAUUUACAUGAUUUGAAUUAUAGAAGUAGAUAAUGUGUUAUGUGUAUGCAAGUUUAAACAGAUGUGUUUUCAGUCUAGAUUUAAACUGACGGAGUGUGUCUCCCGAACAGUGAUAGGAAGAUUGUUCCAAAGUUUAAGUGCUAAAUAGGAAAAGGACCUGCCGCCUGCAGUUGAUUUUGAUAGGUAUUAUCAGCUGGCCUGAAUUCUGAGUUUGCAAUAGACGUGAAGGAUAUAUAAUGCAUUAAGAGCUCGCUCAGGUACUGGGGAGCUAAACCAUUUAGCGCUUUGUAGGUAAGUAGCAAGAUUUUAAAAUCUAUACGAUGUUUAAUAGGGAGCCAGUGCAGUGUUGACAGAAUCGGGCUAAUAUGGUCGUACUUCCUGGUUCUAGUAAGAACUUUGGCUGCUGCGUUUUGGACCAGCUGUAGCGUGAACUAACUGUUCCGCAUUUGUCAUUGAGAGCAUAUGUCGUAGUGUAGAUAUAUUUUUAAGAUGGAAGAAUGCGGUUUUACAGAUGAUAGAAACAUGGCUUUCAAAUGAAAGAAGAGCACACCCAGGUUCCUAACUGACAACAAAGACUUAACCGAGCAGCCAUCAAGUGUUAGGCUGUGUUCUAGGUUAUUACGUGAAGAAGUUUUUCGUCCAAAAAUUAGAAUCUCUGUUUUUCUGAAUUUAGUAGUAGGAAAUUACUGAUCAUCCAAUUUUUUUAUAUCAGCUAUGCAUUCGAUUAAUUUUGUGAAUUGGUAAGUUUCCUCAGGGCUCGAAUAAAUAUAGAGCUGAGUAUCAUCAGCGUAACAGUGAAAACUAAUGCCAUGCUUCCUAAUGAUAUCUCCCAAGGGUAGCAUGUACAGAGUGAAAAGCAACGGUCCUAGUACUGAGCCUUGCGAUACUCCAUAUUGAACUUGUGAUCGAUAUCUCUUCUUUUACUUCUACAAACUGAUAACGUUCAGAUAAGUAAGAUUUGAACCAUGCCAAUGCAAUUCCACUAAUGCCAACAUAAUUUUCAAGUCUAUUCAAAAGAAUAUUGUAGUCGAUAGUGUCAAAAUUAGCUAAUGUAACUCUAAUGAGAGCAGUCUCAGUACUAUGGUACGGUCUAAAUCCUGACUGGAAAUCCUUACAGAUACCAUUUCUUUCCAAGAAGGAACGUAGUUGCGAUGAUUCUGCCUUUUCUAGUAUUUUUGACAGAAAAGGUAGAUUCGAGAUCGACCUGUAAUUGACUAAUUCUCUAGGAUCAAGUUGUGUUUUUUUAAUAAGAGGUUUAAUAAUAGCCAGCUUAAAAGUUUUCGGUACGUAUCCUAGUGAUAAAGAUGAAUUAACAAUAUUAAGAAGAGGAUCUAUGACCUCUGAAAGCAUCUCUUUCUAUAGCUUAGUCGGUAUAGGGUCUAACAUACAUGUUGAUUUGGAUGAUUUAACAAGUUUAGACAAUUCUUCCUAUCCUAAAGCAACGAAUGAAUGGAAUUUUUCCUCAGGGACACUACAGUGCUCUGUCUGACGCAUUACUGUAGUAGACAGUUGCAUGGUUAUAAUUUUCUCUCUAAUAUUGUCAAUGUUACGUCCAAGGACGUAUGUUUUGUUUUGUUUUGUUUUGUUUUUGUUUUUCCCUUUCUCCCUGUUUUUCCUCUCUAUCUACUUUCAUAAGCAAGAAGUAAUGGCUGCCACCUGACUCCAAUGAUUGGUGAUCUGACUUGAGUGGAGGAGGAGAGAAAGCUGUAGGGAUUUAAGCAGCACCAUUGCACAGAGCAGGGUGUGUGUGCGUGGAGGCUGUGCUGCAAGGCUUCUUUUCCCAACCCCAAAAGCCUUAUUGUUGUUUUGAUUUAUACCUUGUUGAUUGAUUUUUUUUUUUUUUUUUUUUUUUUUUUUUUGUUAUGUGAUAUUGUGUUGACACUCUUGUUGUACUUGUUGCUACCAGAAAACCCUUUUGUUUUUGUAAGUUAUCUCUUUUGUACAUACUUUUGUUAUUGUUUCUUUCUCUACUAAGUUUAUAUUGUUAAUUAUUUGGGGAAGGGUUAGUAGAGAGGUGGGUGCCAUUUUCUUUAUAUCUUGUUUUCUCUUGUUUAAGCUAGUUAGGGAGUAUGUGUAUUGUAUUUUGUUUUCUUUUCUUUUGUAGUUUAGUUUCUUCUUAAUAGUUAGAGGGUUUAUGUUUGUUAUUUUGGCCUUGCCCCCCUCUUGAAGCCUUAAAAUCCUCCCACAUUAGUAAAUAAAAUAACUUGUUUUUGA